AUAUGUUUAUGUGUCACAUUUAUUUUCGUUCUUCAAGCGUAUUUUUCAAAACUACAAAACACCAAACGCAGAAAAAAUGAGGAAAAAAUGCUUUCGUGCCGCUUCACUAAAACAGCAUCAACGUAAGCAGCAACGGGAUCAUCAACAUCAAACCCUUUUGUUUAAUCAAAUCAGACAAUAAGCGAGAACCAACGAAAGGACAUAAGAACGAGUUGAACGCUAACAGAAAAAAACUCAUCUGCAUAUAGAAUCGCCUGCGGACGCGAUGAAACAUACAAACGCAUACACACAAGCAAACAGCUGCCACCACCACAAACGCCAUCAAGCAACAUCUCAACCAGCCGGCGAGGAUCUUCGUGCUGUCUGUGAUCCCUGGCUCGCAUUUAUCUAUUUGUCUAGAUUAAACUGAUGAGCUGGCCAACAGACGAUUGCCUUACUUAUCUCAAGUAAUAGAAUUAUAAAUCAAAAUUGUUAUUAACUACGUGUUUAAAAUUCAAGCCGAGGACGAACAAUGAAUUUAAAUUGGAAGACCACUUUAGUGGUCUGUUUCACUCUACUACAUUUACCAUUGGGAAUAUACAGUCAAGAUGACUCCUUAGCGGGAAGUUUUCUAUCGGGGCUCCUAGACACUAUCACAAGCACAGCCGAUUCGAAGGAUUGUCCCGGAGUUUGUGUCCAUACUUUGGCCACGCUAAUUUGCUAUGAAGUACUCGAUGAUAUACCAUGUCCAUCGCCUAGUAUGAAGUGUUGUAUUGAAAGUGCACCAGGUAAAAACAUUACCUUGGCGCAUACCAGCACAACUUCUACGUCAACCACUACCAGUACAACAAGCACUACCAAGCGUCCAACAACCACGACUACCAAAUUGACUACCACCUCAACUACAGCUAAACCGAAACCGAAGACCACUUCUAAGCGGCCAACUACAACCACCACUACAACGACAACCACUAAAAAGUCAAUCAUCACCAAGAAACCGACUACUACCAGCACAUUGGCGCCCAAAAAGGCUGAUGAAAAGGAUGCUGGACCCAAUGAUAGUGCGAAAGUGCAAAACUGCACGGGCGUUUGUGUGGCCGAUCGUAUUGCCGAAUAUUGUGAGGCAUAUUUGACCACAAGUGGGCUCUGUACAGCGGGCACGAAAUGUUGCGUCUCGUUGAAUGAUUACGCAAAUACGAAACUUCCGAAGGAUAUCUAUGUACCAGCUAAACACAUGGCGAAUCUGCAUAAUAUGCAAUAUAAAAAUAAUAAGACCAGCAUUGCUACGAAACAAACCGCCACUAAAGCAACCACCUCGACAACGUCAGCCUCAAGUACCACCAUCACCACACCUGAGCCGGCGCGCACCAAGAUUACUAAUAAUAUUAACGCCAACAAGCCGGCGAAACAUAAGAAAACUCCGCCUACAACAACCACUACAACCGAAGAUCCCGCCGAUGAGGAGCAGGAAGUGGAGGACGAUGAUGCCGAGGCAGAAGGUGAAACCAACAACGACGCCAAUGACAAAGCUGAAAAUCCGAAUGGUCAAACUCUAAAGGAAUGUGAGGGUGAAUGCAUGAAUGGCAUUUUUGCUAUUUUUUGUGAUGACAUCGACUCAGAGGCAUUCUGUCCCGGUGAAGGCAGUUGUUGUGUAACGGGUGCUGCCUCUGAGGCCACACCGACUCUUGCUACUAAAACAACACCGACCAAACCGGCGACAAAGAUUGCCAAGCCACAGCAAAAACCGGCUGCUAAACCAGCACCGCCACAGCAGAGUGUACCGCCCCUAUUACAGUCCGUAGGUGGCGGUAAUGAUUUCUUCUCACAAAUACUAUCCUUCGCAGAAAACACGCUCGGUGGCACUGGAAAUCAGCCAGCUCCUCAGACACCACCGCCCGUGCAGCGUUGCCCAGGCUUUUGUUUGCUCAACAUAAUGGCGGCCUUCUGCGAGCGGCCUUCGGUGCUUAUCACAACACCAACAACAUGCGCCAAAGGUUCAGUCUGCUGCGACAAUACUGCUUCCCCACCAAAACUCCCACCACAAAACAGACGACCCCCUGCGCCAUCGGCUACAACACCCGCUACCGCACCUUAUGUUGUGCCCAGCACACCACUGCCAGAUCCACGUGAGGAAUGCCCUGGCUCCUGCAUUGUGCCACUACUUAGCUUCACCUGCUUCAAAAACGCCGAGAUGACCGAUCUAUUCAAGUGCAAGCGUUCUGGCCAAAUUUGCUGUGCACCCAAGAGUCGUAUUCUCGAAAAGCAACAGUUCCAGACACGCAACGAUACUCUCUACACGAAUUAUCCCCCACCACCGCCAAUGGUUGGAGUACCACAGCCAUAUCCACCGCAACCACAAUAUCCUCCACCACAUUACAUGGUUACACAAUCGCCGCAAACGCAUCACCAUUACCCUCCACCCCCACCACCACCAAUACUACAGCAGCAACAUCAGCCUCAACCACAACAACCUACGUAUGAUUACGCGCACUAUGGACCAGCUUUGGUGCCUCAGCAACAGGGUCACCCCCCACCACCGCCACUACCACCCACCACAACAAUAACAACUACUACGACCACCACCACAACGCCGCGUCCACAUAUUUACUCGAAAUACGUUUGCGGUGUCAAGGGCACUUUGCGCAGUGGACGCUCACGCUUCUCGCCGGCCCUGUCGCUAGUCUCCUAUGCACGUGCGAUGUAUGGUAUACAGCGUUCUUCGCGUCAACUAAGCCAGCUAUCCCAGCCACAAAUUCAAUUGAACAAAUCAAAUGAACGCCUUAUAUUGGGAUCUACAAUAGUGCCCAUACAAAUACACAACGAUCUGAUACCGAGCGAUGAGUGGCCUGACGCGAACCAGCUGCGGUCAUACCAUGAACACAACUCAAUUUCAGCGGCAGCUGUACAAAGCCAUUACCGACACUCGGUGGUCGGUGAACCGGUGUUUGCAAUGAAUUAUAAUGCCUCGCGUAGACGAGCCCGUGUGGUUGGCGGCGAGGAUGGCGACAAUGGAGAGUGGUGCUGGCAAGUGGCGCUGAUCAACUCGUUGAAUCAGUAUUUAUGCGGAGCAGCGCUAAUCGGUACGCAGUGGGUGUUGACGGCGGCACAUUGUGUAACAAACAUUGUACGAUCGGGCGAUGCCAUUUACGUGCGAGUCGGCGACUACGAUCUGACACGGAAAUACGGCAGUCCUGGCGCGCAAACUCUUCGUGUAGCUACAACGUAUAUUCACCACAAUCAUAAUAGCCAAACAUUGGACAACGACAUUGCAUUGCUCAAAUUGCACGGACAGGCAGAGCUACGAGAUGGUGUAUGCUUGGUCUGUCUACCAGCUCGUGGCGUCAAUCAUGCAGCCGGCAAACGUUGCACAGUCACCGGUUACGGAUACAUGGGUGAAGCCGGUCCGAUACCGUUGCGCGUGCGUGAAGCUGAAAUACCAAUCGUUAGCGAUGCAGAGUGCAUACGUAAGGUGAAUGCAGUCACUGAGAAGAUAUUUAUUCUACCCGCCUCAAGUUUCUGUGCCGGUGGCGAAGAGGGCAACGAUGCUUGCCAAGGUGAUGGUGGCGGUCCGUUGGUGUGCCAGGAUGAUGGAUUCUUUGAGCUGGCCGGGUUGGUGUCCUGGGGUUUCGGUUGCGGACGCGUUGAUGUGCCAGGUGUAUAUGUAAAAGUCUCCUCAUUCAUCGGUUGGAUCAAUCAAAUUAUCAGCGUUAAUAAUUUAUAGUCUUAACAAAUUUGGAAGUUAAGCCCACGAAUAUAAAGAAUAAUGAAAACUA